AUGUACUUCUCCUCCAUCAUUGUCCCAGCCCUGCUCUCCUCCUCCGCUUUAGGGCUUGCCGUACCCCAGUCCGAGGACUCCAAGCUCAUAAAGCGCUUCGACGUCCCCGGAGCCUCCAUGGAGGAUGGCUUCACCAUCCCUGAGGAUACUCCGGACGGCAUCUACCGGGUUUAUAUUGGCGAGGAUGGCGUCGCACAUCAUACCAAGGUGGACAUGAACCUUGAGUCACCACACGGCGACGCCACUUGGUCAGUCCUAGACAAGCGCCAGAGUUGGCAGAUCAACUGUGAGGGGUCCUCACUUAAUCGAAACAACGCCGACCUUACGGUUAGGCUCUUGAGGGAUGGAUGUGGCAGCGGCCACACCGUCCAACCCCGCGACCACUACUACGUUAUCUCGGGUAGGGUGGCAAGUUACUUUUGCAACAAUACUUCGGGACGUCUCACUUGCAGCGCCACAAUUAUUCGGCAGCAGAUCCAGGAAAAUGUCAGUAGGCGAUGUGGUACCUUUAAGGCAGGCUGGUCACGAGUGAACUACUCCAAUGGUCACCUUAGUGUGGGUUACCAGAAUGUAAACAACCAAAACUCCUUCUGUGGCCGCAAUCACUGA